ACGACACAUCCACCGAUCCACCACUCUUCUCCUUCUCUCCCUCCGCCGUCUCUUUCACGCCACAAUCGCCAGAGGACUGCCGCCUGCCUUGUCCUUCUCUCCCUUCCUCCAUUAUUGCUCUCUCCCCCCUCCUCUGUCCAGCGUGAAAGAAAAAGGCCCGGAUUUCAUCGGCCCCCCUACUUUGGGCCUUUGGCAUCCACUACUCGAGCCAAUCGACCACGUCCCCGAACGCCUAUCACCAUCCCUCCGCAGAACGUUGGCGACGAUCUCCUACCCUCGCUGCGGCAGUUUCCAUCUUUUCCCACAAUCAAAAUGCGUUUUUUGGAAGAUUUUGGAUUUGAUGACUAGCCUCAUGAACAAUUUGGUAGCCUCGCAAACAGAUUUUGGAUUUGCUUCUCAAACGGAAAUUCAACAAUCAGUUAGGUUGCCUGAGCAUGUGAAUUGUCAAUAGCAUAUAAUUUUUCGGAUAAUGAGGCUAUCAGGCACUCAAGGUCAUCAUCACUCAGGGUCUGCACAAUCUGAGGAAUCAGCCUUGGACAUGGAGAGAAAUGUAUGUAAUCACUUUUAUUCAUGCAGUCCAUCUCCCCUACAACCUAUUGCAUCAGGCGGUCAACAUUCCGAAGGCACUGCUGCAUACUUCUCCUGGCCAACCUCAACACUGUUGCAUGGCGCUGCUGAAGGUCGAGCUAAUUAUUUUGGGAACCUUCAGAAAGGAGUAUUGCCUGCACAUCUCGGACAGUUUCCAACCGGACAACAAGCCACAACACUGCUUGAUCUGAUGACUAUAAGGGCAUUUCACAGCAAGAUUUUGCGUCGCUAUAGUCUAGGUACAGCAAUAGGAUUCCGCAUAAGGAAAGGUCAAUUGACAGAGAUUCCAGCAAUUCUUGUCUUUGUUGCUCGGAAAGUUCAUAGAAAAUGGAUCAGCCACAGCCAAUGUCUUCCAUCUAUGCUUGAGGGACCGGGAGGCAUAUGGUGUGAUGUCGACGUGGUGGAAUUCUCUUAUUAUGGUGCACCAGCACCAACUCCCAAGGAGCAACUGUACAACGAGCUUGUAGAUGGAUUGCGUGGAAGUGAUCCAUGUAUCGGUUCAGGUUCUCAGGUUGCGAGCCAAGAAACAUAUGGAACUUUAGGUGCCAUUGUGAAAAGUCGAACGGGAAAUAAACAAGUUGGUUUCCUCACUAAUCGCCAUGUUGCAGUUGAUUUGGAUUACCCUAACCAGAAGAUGUUUCAUCCUUUACCACCUAAUCUCGGUCCUGGAGUUUAUCUGGGUGCUGUUGAAAGGGCAACAUCAUUUAUCACAGAUGACGUUUGGUAUGGGAUCUAUGCCGGAACUAACCCAGAAACAUUUGUGCGGGCAGAUGGUGCGCUCAUUCCUUUUGCUGAUGACUUUGAUGUGUCUUGUGUCACCACCACUGUGAAGGGGUUGGGUGACAUUGGAAAUGUCAAGGUCAUAGAUCUACAAGCACCAAUCGGCAGCCUGAUUGGGAGGCAAGUCGUCAAGGUUGGAAGAAGCUCUGGAUUGACGACUGGCACUGUGAUGGCAUACGCCUUGGAGUAUAACGAUGAAAAAGGGAUAUGCUUCUUCACAGAUUUUCUUGUCGUGGGUGAGAACCAGCAGACGUUUGAUCUGGAAGGUGAUAGUGGAAGUCUCAUAAUUCUAACAGGACAAGAUGAUGAGAAGCCACAGCCAGUAGGGAUCAUCUGGGGCGGGACUGCCAACCGUGGAAGAUUGAAACUGAAAAGUGGUCAUGGUCCAGAGAAUUGGACGAGCGGAGUCGAUCUCGGUCGCCUUCUUGAUCUUUUGGAACUUGAUCUUAUAACGACUAGCGAAGAACUUCAAGAUGCCCUUCAGGAGCAAAGAUUUGCUUUAGCAGCGGCUAUUAACUCUACAGUUGGCGAAUCAUCUCCUACUGUAUGCACCCAUCCAAACGAAAAGACGGAUGAGAUAUACGAACCUAUUGGUGUUGAAUUUCAGGUAGACACUGUCGAGGUGGCAAACAAGGUCGAAGAACAUCAGUUCAUCCUGAACUUCAGCACUUCCCCGGUGCGUCGGGAUCAAGAGGAUGGACCAGAAAGGAAAAACCUGUCAUCAUUAGCGAACUCAUCUGGUGAAGAUCUGUGUGUCUCUCUGCAUUUAUGCGACGGAGGACAUAAAAGACAACGAUCAGAUCCCGCAUUGAGCAAUGAUCAUCAAACACAAUGAAGCUAGCUGUUUAUUUAACCGUUGGGUUACUCGGUCGCAUUUUGAUAAUGCUAUGGAGUUGCAACAAAUGCAUUCGGUAAUGUUUAUGUAGGGAUUUGAGUCGAGCCCAAGCUGAAAGGGCUGAGCAGGGUUCUAAGUUCAAAUGAAACGCAAAUGUCUCGAUCGGAACAUACCAACUAGACCACUGCUAUGGUAGAUUGAAGUUUCCCUUGGUAUUUUCUUGACACUUUUUGAUGUCUUCUCAUCGUAUAGCUCAAAAAUCUUAAUUGUGUUGGUUGCAUAUGCAAUAAAAGUUGUUUCAAGACUUCUCCACGAGUCUUUUUA